UAUUCAAUGGUUUGCUCAAGACUUGUGCACAUGACACUGAAGAAAGUAGAGUGACUGGGGAAUAAAGGGAUUCAUUGUGACUCAACAGAAGGGAAUAGGUAUCAAGAAUGGCAAGAAUGGCGGCGAAAUUUUACGACCUCUCGGCCAAACUGUUGACGGGAGAAACGUUUAAUUUCUCAUCCCUGCAGGGCAAAGUUGUCCUCAUCGAGAAUGUCGCAUCUCUCUGAGGUACGACCACCAGGGAUUACACCCAGAUGAACGAGCUCCACGAGCGGUACGCCGGCAAGGGGCUCGUGAUCCUGGGAGUGCCCUGUAACCAGUUCGGCCACCAGGAGAACUGCAAGAAUGAGGAAAUCCUCAUGUCUCUGAAGUAUAUCCGUCCUGGAAACGGCUUCGAGCCAAAGUUUCAGCUCCUGGAGAAGGUGGAUGUGAACGGGAAAGAUGCCCAUCCCCUGUUUGUGUUCCUGAGGGGGAAGCUGCCAUUCCCCAGCGACGAGCCAGCAGCCCUGAUCACUGACCCCAAGCUAAUCAUCUGGAGCCCGGUCUGCAGGGACGACGUGGCCUGGAACUUCGAAAAGUUCCUCAUCGGGCCGGAUGGAGUGCCGUUCAAGCGCUACAGCAGGAGGUUCCUCACCAGCGACAUCGAGGGUGACAUCAAGAAGCUCCUCAGCCAGGCCAACUAAAGAACGCCGUCCUCCAAAAUGCUGUUCCCUCAGUUGCACCAGCUUUUUUUUUUAGCACAUGUGUAACCUUCAGAUCAUCAGGGGUAGUAACACCUUUGGGCUCAUUGCUUUCCCUCCGUAGCUUCUGUAGAUGGUGUCCAACACUUCUCCGGACCACCUGUGCUCUCUUACAUACGAUGGCUGUGUUCUGUUCUUUUACAAUAUGAAGGCAUCCUCUGAAACCAAGUUAUUUGUGAGGAGGGUACCUGAUGAAGCGUAAAAGGCUGAUUGUUUUCAGCUGCAUUGUGUGUAUGCAAAGCACAGCUGUGUUUUGAUGUGUUUUGAGGACCAAUAAAUGUAUUUUGAUCAAACAAUU